CCUCAACCUCCGGACUGCUUGUUGCUCCCAUAGCCGCGCAUGGUCGCAAUUUGCACGCCACCGACAUCGGUGUAAAAGCAUGUUCGAUAGUGCUGCUGCAACAUGUGAUGCCGAUAAGAAAUCUGCUGCGAGACAAGUGUCAUGCCGAGUUCAGAGCAACGCCCCAAGUCGCGACGUAUCACUCGAGCGUGCGAUUAUUGCCAUAAACGUAGCAUUCGAUGCACCAGUGGCAACGGCUCGCGGUGUCAGAGCUGCAUCGACUUCGACCAGCCAUGUACCUACAAUCGAGCCGCGAAAAGACGGGGCGUGACACCACGGGCUAGAGUGGCGUCGCCAUCCUUCUCGAGGCCUCUUUCCGUCAACGCACAUCCCAAUCCAUCAUCUCAAUCAUGGAGGGCUCCAAUGAUUGCCACUCAAGCCGUGGUGAUGAGCCUUGUGGAGGUAUACUUUGAAAUCGUGUAUCCGAUCUUUCCGCUUUUCCACAGACCUACAUACAUCCGAAAAAUAUCAAGAGGGGACUACACCACAGACAAGACCUUGUUUCCGGUUACCAUGGCCGUCUGCGCCCUCGUGUCCGCCCGAGUUCGAGAUCAAGCAAUAUUCAAUCCCUCCUGGGACGUUGAAGAAUUGUCCCAGACGCCGUCCGAGACGUUCUAUGACGCUGCUGUCCAAUACUGCGCCAGUUGCGAAGACUCAAAGCAGACCCACAGCCUUGACACACUGCGAUUGUGUGCAUUACUUGCUCUCACAGCUAUUCAGUACGGCAAUAUCCGUGAGAUGCAGUUGUUUCUUGGAAAAUACCAUACGUUGGUGGCUAUGGAUGGCCUACAUGAUGAAACAAACUGGCCCAAAGACAUCGGCAUUGUCGAGACCGAGGAGAGGAGGCGACUGUUUUGGUCCAUGUAUACAUUGGAAGUCUAUUCAUCCAUCAUCUGGAAUGGCAUUACCCGAUGUCGUGAGCAACAAGUCAAUGUCACGUACACCACCGAGCUGGAUGACGAGCAUUUCAGCGACAUGGGUUACAAUCAACCAGUGCUCUCUCCAGUCGAUAUCGGACCGAGCCCGGGCGGCAGAUGGGGCAAUGUGCGGAAUAGCAGUUGGCUCUGUGGCUGGAAUUUCACCACUGAUCUUUACCGAGUCCUUGAGCACGUCAUUGCCAAUCUUCGUGAUCGGCGGCGACAAAAGAGAACAUUCCUCAGUGGUGUGUUUGGUGACAGGCCUAUCAUUUCCGCCUCUGCCGUACGGGACUCCGUUAUGACGCUGUAUGGCAACCUCCCAGCCUGUUUCAAAGAGUUCCCUGAGGUCACGUGUGAUCCUUCAAGCGAUCGUUACGGUUUCCAGGCCGCAAAUAUCACUGCCACUGUCCAGCUACUUCGAAUGAUGUUGUUUGCAUCGGGCGGCGGCACGAUUGAAGAACGUUGCAAGAUCGCGAGUGAGGUAGUAGAUGCUUUCACACGCAUUCCGGUCGCUUAUCUGCGAGCCAUCAGUUCGCCGCUCCUUCAUCAUCUCGCUGGAAUCGGCGCAAUUCUGGGUAGCGUCCUAGAAGAGCCACUGGGCGAUAUCGCCUAUCAGCAAGUGCGAGUUGUACUUCUGUCACUUGCGCAACUUCUGGAGAAUCUUGAUCACGGCAUUCAUUCAGCCAUUAGUGCGCAGCGGCUGCGGGACUUGGUGGCGCAGAUCGAUGGCUACUGGGAUCAGCUACACAUUCGGCGUGCACCUGAUUCGCAGGUUCAGGCAACAGACCAAGAUUACUAUGCCUCACAACAUUCAGACGCCCCAAGAACGAUACCUUCUCGGUUGACCACCAGCUUUUUCGACGACUGGCCGUGGAAUCUGGACCUGAUGCAGGUAGCGGAGAACUGGUCCUCUACCGAUCUGCCACUGGACGUCUGAUGGUGGUUGUCCCUGGCAGGGUUUGGCUUCUCAUGCAUUGCUUGUGCUAUCACGAGGCCUUUCUUGACGGGAUCUGCGUCAAGUAUAAGUCAUGA